AUGGCCAACAGCGAAUUCGAGUAUGUGCGAAAGUUCGAAGACUGGGAUGCGCUUGCGCCAAGUAACUGGAUCGUCGUGCGAAUUGAUGGAAGAGGAUUCAGCAAAUUUUCGAAACGCCAGAAUUUUUCUAAGCCUAACGAUCGUCGAGCCAUAGACCUAAUGAACGCGGCGGCCGUUGAAGUUGUAAAACAGUUCACAGAUAUCGUCGUCGCCUAUGGUCAGUCGGACGAAUACAGUUUUGUGCUCCAUGAAGACUGCCAACUGUUCGAACGACGAGCAGCGAAACUUGCGACAAGCAUCUCAACAGCGUUUUCUGUCGAGUACUGUAUGCAAUGGGAUAAGUAUUUUCCCGGACAGAUUCUAGAGAGGCCGUUUCCUACCUUCGAUGGGAGGUGUGUUUUGUAUCCCAAGAAGAAGAUCUUGAGAGAUUAUCUGAGUUGGAGGCAAGCUGAUUGUCAUGUCAAUAAUCUCUACAACACUACGUUCUGGAACAUGGUCAAGGGCAAUCCAGUUACAGAUACACCGGCGAUGACUCCUACAGAAGCUGAGCUAGCGCUCAAGGGUACAUUUUCAAAGGACAAGCACGAGAUCCUUUUCCAGAAGUUCAAGCUCAACUACGACAAAGAAGACGAGAUUUGGAAAAAAGGCAGUGUUGUAUACAGAAAAUUUGAGGAUAAGCAAUCAGUCAAGGAGCCGACAUCGGAAAACCAACCUCCCCAAUCAAGGAAUGAACGAGGAACGGAACAAGGAAAGAAGAAGCCCCUGUCGAGAACGCAAAUGGAAAAGGAAAGAAAGAGGAAACAAAAAGCUAGGGUUGUGGUGGAACACAUCGAUAUCAUCAAGGAUAACUUCUGGCAAGAGAAUCCUUGGAUUCUGGAGUAG